UCCACUUCAAAUGCCACCGCUGUCUCCAGCGACAUCAGAUGACGACGACUGCGGCGGCAGCAGCGCUGUGUCAGUGGAAGGUGGCGUGUGCCAUGUCAUCAACUUGUCGCACACGACGGUAUCUGGGGUCCUCAAGGUGUUCUCGGCGCUAAAACAGCCAGAGUUCACGACGUUGGAGCUAUCACAUGGUGAACUCGAUCAAUUUGCACUGGAGAAGCUCACCCAGACAUUCCUGCCCAUGCAUACAUACGGCAUCACGACGCUGAAGUUGUCGCAGUGCCCGCUGCCAGAAGGCGUGGUCACCGUCCUAGUUCGAUGCUUCAAGGAAACAGGCAGCUUGCGACGACUCGUGCUUGACACGUGUCGCGAUGUGAGUAUGACAGCGCUAAUGACCUUGACGUCGCUGUUACAACCCAUUGAACACUUGGAGCUCCCAAGCUGCAAACUUCCUCGACAAGCGGGGUUGAUCCUUGGUCAGGCGUUGCAGUCGUGCGCGAGGUUGCGAACUUUGAUUCUUCGGCACAACCACCUUGGGGACGGCGGCGCCCGCGCCAUCGCCGACGUCUUUCACCCCAAGAAGAAAAGCACCGCGUAUGGUCGUCAUGUUGCCACCACCAUGGACUACAGCACGAAUACCCCAUCGAUUAUCCUGGACACACUGGACUUGAGCGACAACGGCAUCUCGAAUGUUGGUUUUUGCUGCAUACUCACGAUUUCCGUGCGCCAUUUGCAUGUGGGCCGCAACAACAUCACAUCUGUCCGCGACGUUGCCACGACCGCUCAUCCCCACUUGACGUCCCUUGACAUGUCAUACAACCCCAUCAGCACCGACGGCUUUGACUCGUUCGGCGGACUCAUCACGUUGGCACAUGCAAACCUCACGAGCUUGAACAUCGAGAAUUGCGGCAUCACUGUGGCUGGCCUGGGCUCGCUGAAACAGGCGAUACGACGCCACCCCACGACGAAAUUGCGCGAAAUCCGGCUCGGGGAGGACAACUCGAUCGACGAUGCCGCCACCCGCGUGGGCCUCGCGGAUCUGUUGGCGUGCAUUAGCCGCGUGACACCCCAAGUCGAAUGCAUUAUUUCACCCACGAUUGUGCCCAAGACAUCCCCAACGACAUCGACACGAGUGCCCCACCCGCCGUCCAAUGUACAGCAGCUCCCCCCAUUGUUGACUACAGGCUCGACCAACGUACAAACUAAACUCGCUCCAGAGACAGCUCAAAAGCACGACACGUCGAUGGACGAGUCACCACAACACCAACAAGAAGGCGAGAAUGAGGAUACUUUUGCGCUAAACUCGCCGCAGAGUAGCACGGGCACCCACAGUGUCCACGACGACGAUGUCCCUGACUCGCCGCAUGACGACAUGGUGCGGCGGGACGACACGAUCGCGUCCAUGGCCGUGGCCUUCGAUGCCCACAUGGCGCACCAACAGCGACGACUUCAACACGACGCAGUGGUGCAUCAAGUACGCGUCAAGGUCGAAACACUCGCGACGGACGUGGUGCCGCGCCUCGAAGCCCGACUGGAUGGCGUGUCUGAUCGCCUCUCUACAUUACAAGCUGACAUGGCGAGCCAAAUGAAUCUCAUGGAGUCGAAUAUGGCCACUCCAGAAGGCCGACACACUCGCGGCGCCUUAAGUGAGAUUGGCGUCAUCCUUAGUAGAGUAUGGAAUCCCCCCCCAGUAAACCCCCGAUUGUGUAGGUUUGUUGGGCCCUGACGUCAAAUACGUGGACUCGUGCAUGACGUGGAAGGCGGAGAUGGAAGCUCGGGCACAAGACCAACUCGACCAAUUUCAGCGGUGGCAGGUGUACAUGGAGACGGAUCGAAUGCACUUGACCAAUCGCGUCCAAGAGCUCGAAGUCAAGGUGGCCGGCCUUGAAAACGUCGUCAAAGCCGAACAACAAGCCAGCCUCUUGGCCCUUGAAGCCAUCUCCAGUGCUUUUGCCUCCAAGUAUUAGUACAACCGCCAUUUAGUAAUACUAACACUGCGAGCACACUCCAUAACGACUGCUACCUAAUAUAUGCAGCGAUCGAUGAUUUGCGG